UGGACAUUCUUCGUCUUCCCUGACCCUAUUUCCCUAUCUCCUUCGGUCCUCUCAAAUUCUCAAUGGAUUGAACUCAGCCAAUCCCCUCUCUCGGCCGAAUCGACGAUCUUCCCUGCCAAUCGUCACUCGGUCUCAUUUGUACUCAAGUCAGGCAAUCCAUCUCCUACUCUCUCAAUCUAUUCCCAUCGUCUCAUAGGAUCGGAGAAGCUAAAAUCUGCAUAUCGAUCGAAUCUUUAAGAUAAUCACUCGGUCUCAUUUGGUUUGGUUUGAUUGAUUAUGCCUAUAAAUCAAUUCAAUCCAAUGGCUGAAUCACAAUCUCCAUCCUCCAUCAUGCCUCCCACGGUUUCAACUAACAAUGAACUUAAUAAGUCUUAUCCCAAAUGCAUCCGGAACCCACUGGACAAAGGCGAGGACUUAGAUCACUAUUGGGCGUUAUUGAUCUUGGGGGUCUCUUUCGCGGAAAUUCCCAUGUUCUAUUCAGCCUUUGGGGGAGAUUUUGAAAACAUUUAUUUGCCCGUCUCCGUCCAAAACUACGGAAUUUUUAUCACUUGCAGGUUUUUCUUUGCGAUUUACUUGUUGGCUCUCCCUGAAAAGAAAUAUAGGUUGCCCUGUUGGAAAUUGAUUUGCAUUGCUGAGAUCUGUUCAGUUGUGCUUGCUAUGGGUCUUGGUUUUGUUUUUCCGUAUCAGAUGGAGUGCCUUGGUAUACUAGCUUCGUGGACAGUUCAAUUAAUUGGGUAUUGUCAUUUGUGGUCUGGUUUCUUUUCGAUUUGGGAAUGUUAUGCCAUAGUACCAAUGCAGCUACUGGCCUACGCGUUAGCCUCUAAUAUGAUCAAGACUUAUCAUCCUUUCCUCUUCUCUGCGAUGGCACUUGGCGGCUGGGCAUUUGUUUCCAUUAAUGUUGGUCUUACAUAUUCCGAGCUACUACAAGAACCAAAAGUAGCAAAGUCUGAGGAGGCACUGACCAAUGCUGCUGCCAACAUGCCCAACCUGAUACGCUCUCCCUGUUUGCCUAUGGAUAAAGAAGAUGAAAACAAAGGACCACCUGAGAGUAGCAACAGUACCUCUCCAAGGGAGGGCAUCCCAUCAGGUGCAGCAAAACAAUCAUCAAACUCAGUCAGCGUGAUGAAAAUGCAAAGGAUGUUUAAGAAAGCAGCUGAAGACAACAUUAGGGACAUUAAGGCAUAUGUCACUGAGCUAAAUGAAUGUGUGGCUCAGCUCCAAUACCAAAAUCAGCUCCUAGAUAAACAGCUACGAGCUUGCCAGGUGCAGGGAUUGGAGGCAAAUGAUGGUGCCGACUUUGUGGCAGACGAGUACUGGAGCAAUGGUGAGAUGGGGAAGCAAACAAGGAAAGAGAUUGUUGAAUCCAACAAGAGCAGUGACGAGUGCAGUAGCAGCGAAUGCGGAGGGGCGAAGGAUGAUCUAGGGCUUGUUCUUAAGGAAAUGGAGGCAAUAUCAGCAAAGGCGAAGGAAGAGGUCCAAUUGAGCCAGCUGGAAACGGCCAAAGCCAAUGCAGCCUUGCUGAAUGACAAGCUAGAAGCCAGCGAGAAGGAAAAGGAGAUGUUAGAAACUUCGUUGAAAAAGCUUCAAAUUCAAGCGGAGCAGUGGAGGAAAGCAGCAGAUGCAGCAGCCGCACUUGUCUCAGGUGACACUGAGAUUGAAGGGAGAUGGAUGGCGAUGCCUGAGAGGCGGCGCCCACUUCUUUCAGGGGACGAGGUAAGGAGAGUGGUGUCUGAGAGGUACUCCAACAGCGUACUCCAGCGGGGAGUAGACGAAUCUGGCAAUUCUGAGGCGACUGAGUGGUUGUUUGAUGGUGACUGGGAGGGUGUUUCACAGAGUGCAAGGAAGAAGAAAGGUUCUGGCAUCAAAAUGUUUGGUGAUCUCAGGAAAAGGAAGAUCCAGAAAACUGUGAAGAGUGGUUCUUGUUUGCCUUGUGAAUAAUUGAUACUCCCUAUUAACAUCUUGUUUUGUCAAUCUGUCUGUCUGUACUAGGUAAGAGGAUUCUGCCAAUCCAAAAAUUUAGAUGUUUUCUUUUCAGCUAGAAAUGUGUGGGGAGAUCUGUUGGUUAGUUAAGCACUUUAGCAUUUCACUAUGUACUACCUACUUUCCGUACUGCUACUCAUUAAACAUUUCAUUGCGAGCCAACUGAUUAUUAAUGUUGU